GCUUAAAUCUAACCUGCUAACAGUCUGCAUGCUAACGGCUAACACAGCUAGCUGCUAAACACUAGCGUCAAGUUCCACACAGUGACGCCCACACUUCCUGUCAGGACUUUCAACAUAAAAAGGUUUUAGUGAUUCCAGAUGAAUGAUCCCAGACAAGCUGUAAUUUAAACACUUUUGCUUAACAACAAAAUUGCUUAAACUUUUCAUUUUACACAACACUAAUAUUUUGGUCUCAUAACAUAUCAGCGAGACACAUUUCAUUAUUAUAUGAUAUAUGUUUGAUUAUUUAAUGUCAUUUUCAUUCAUGAGCCUUCCUAAAAAUGUUUUAAUAUCAGAAAAUAUCCUUAUUGUUAAUUUCAACCAUGUCACCCUGUCCAAUUAAAUUCAGGCCUGAAAGGAUUAACCAAUCAUCCCACUGAUGAACAAUGAAUCAGCAACAAUUGCUUACUUGUUUUAUGUCCCUUUGGAAGAAUAAAGCCUAAAAGAAAUAUUUACUGGUUCUACCUUCUCAGAUGGAGUUUAUCCAGUUUUUAUUCUGUCUCCCGUGAUAAUAAACUCAUUUGUGGGUUUGUGAUCCUUGGUUGGACAAAACAUGCAAUUUAAAUAACAACUUGGGCUAAGAGUAUUAUUUUCUGUCAUGUAAUAUAGUAAUUACUCAGCUAUUUGGAAAAAAUAAUUGGCAUAUUAAUUGAUAGUGAUGAUAGUUGCAGCUUUCAGGUUUUAUUUGUACAUGCAAACCUGUUUUCUCUUUUGUACAUGAAGUAUAUUUCAGCAUUAGCUUUAAUGAGCUUUUAUGUUUAUGCUUACAAAGAAUUUGACUGCAGUUUCUAGUGGCUCAAUGUGCUGAUACACAACAAUGUUCAGAAGACACAUACAGCCAAAACAAGGACAACAAAGCUGAACUGAGAUAUGUAAACAUAAACAUAUGACUAUAAUGUACAAACAAAUAGGUGAUGAAAAAUAAAUAUAUACAUAUAUCUUGAAACUAAUGGAAAAGAACUUAAAAUAUGGGCCAGACAGUUGCUGUAGGCUGUAAACAAAGAUAAAAGUAGUGCAAAGGUGUGUUCAGAGAACAGCAAUAUUCCAAUUUACACAAUGUCAUGACGUUACUCUGCACUACUGGAAAUAUUUUAUUCAUCCUAAUAGCAACAUGGAUCCUCUUACACUAUAGAUUUGAUCAGAUUAUAUUAAUCAGAUUAUCUUGUAAUGUUUUGCUUCUAAAAGUUUAGAUCUCAUAUAUUUGAUAGUUGAUACUUUUUAUACGCUCUUAUUUUGAAGACUGCACCCACAACAUCCGGGCGCGUGCCCGCCGCAGCUCGCUAACUUGCAGCAGUAAACAACCCGGAGGAGCCCGACAUGCUGCUGAGGCGCCUAAUGUGCAUGUUUUGCACACUGUGAAUACAAGUGUGCACAUUAUUGAUCAGUCCGUACUCACCGCAGAGCGAUAACCGCACAGACCCGCAUCACGCGGAGCGGUUUGUGCUAUUUAGCCGGCUAGCUUGCUAACGACUAGCACAGAGCGGCGCCCCGGCUGGAUCCUCACGAACCUGGACGCAGUAAGUAGCAGCUCCGCCGGCCUUCGGUGAAAUAAAACGCCAUUUUCUCCGCCUUCACAUGUUUACCGGGCACAAAGAUUAACGGAGACACCUGAGAAGCACGAGACAGACCUCAGAAAGCGGGUUGACGGCGCGCGCCUGCAGAAAGAUAGAUGUCGCUGGUGGACCUCGGGAAGCGUCUGCUGGAAGCGGCUCGUAAAGGUCAGGACGAUGAGGUCAGAAACCUGAUGGCCAACGGAGCUCCGUUCACCACCGACUGGCUGGGGACGUCCCCGCUCCACCUGGCCGCUCAGCACGGCCAUUACUCCACCGCAGACGUCCUGCUGCGAGCCGGCGUCAGCAGAGACGCUCGCACCAAGGUGGACCGAACGCCGCUGCACAUGGCGGCCGCCGAGGGACACACCGUCAUCGUGGAGCUGCUGGUCCGAAGCGGCGCCGACAUCAACGCCAAAGACAUGCUGAAGAUGACGGCGCUGCACUGGGCGGCGCAGCACGGUCACCACGGCGUCGCGGAGACCCUCAUCAAACACGGAGCCGACGUGCACGCGCUCAGUAAGUUCGACAAGACGCCGUUCGACAUCGCCGUCGACAUCCAGAACACCGAGCUGAUGCUGCUGCUGCAGGAGGGCAUGCAGAACCAGGUCAACAUGAACCAGGUCAACAUGAACCAGGUCAACAUGAACCAGGUGAGUAUGAACGUGGAGUCCAGCACCACCACCAACCAGCCACAGUUCAUCAUCCAGGGAAUACCCGCCAUCCAGGGGGGCGUGGUCAACCUGGCCGAGCUGCUCAACAAGGCCAACGCAGGAGACUCGGAGGAAGCGAUGGCUGCCAACGCUCUGGACUCCAACAUCCAGCAUGCCGCUGUCGUCAAUGAGGGAGGUCAGAGGGUCAUCACCAUAGUAACAGACCAACACGGCAACCUGCAGACCACAGGAGGGAUGGCACAGCCGUUCUUCGUUACCAUGCAGCACGGACAGCAGAUGCUGGCGGUGCCGGCCAACACAGUGACAGAGGAGGUGGUGACGGAGGAGCCUCAGCCGCCGCCGUCCAGGAAGAGGAAGCUGGAGAUGACCAACAAUCACAACGACACAGGAGAGACGGAGCUGUUGCAGAGGCAGCUGCAGGAGGCCAACAGGAAGGCGCAGGAGUACCGGCAGCAGCUGCUGCGUAAGGAGCAGGAGGCCGAGGAGUACCGCAUCAAGCUGGAGGCCAUGUCUCAGAGCCAGGCCAACAGCACCGGCGCCGCCGCCAACACCGCCGCCAUGACGGCCGUCAGCCCCGAGGAGGUGGUGGGGGGCGAGGAGGACGAGGAGGAGGCGGCGGGCGUGGUGGAGGAGGAGGGAGAGAUGGUGGUGCUGCAGGAGGGAGGGAUCAUCAUGGAGGGGGAGGAGGGUCAGGUGACGCUGGUGGAGACGGGAGGAGAGACGACGGAGGUCAGCUCCUAACAGAGAGGGAGGCGAGGGAGGGGAGGGGAGGGGGGGCACUGACGGACAUCAUACACAUGAACUGGAGGCGCGCUCAGUUUGCUUCCCAUUAACCGGAGAAUGUGAGGGUGGAGCUGGGUCGGGUGUCCACCAUUUUGAAUCCCCCGAAUGAUUCGGUAACAGCGCAGAAACAAAAUGGCUUCCCUGAAGAGAAAGACGGACUGAAAACAGACUAAACGGACACGAUGGUGGACUUCAGUCAUGCACCAUUUUGAGUCCCCACUUGCUCUUUUAACUGAACGCCUGCUUAAGCGGGAUGCAAAAUGGCUGCAGACGGCGAGACGGAGACCGCAGGAGGAGGCGGGACCUUCGCUCGAAGACACGUUUACUUUUCUUUUUUUCUAUCUUUACCUGCGAUCCCAAAUCCAACCAUUUUGCUUCCCCAUCUGACUCGGAGCUCAAACUGACGGCAGCUGGUUCACGUCAAGUCGUCGUUUUAACGUUUUUUCUCCUGACGUUUGUUUUGUUCCCUUUUUAUUUCUGAUAUUUUGUUUUAGUCGUUGAGUCUUUGAACCUUCACAGCUGUUCGUCUGAAGCCUUCAUCACUCUUGAGUCUUGAUGAUUUGGGACCAUUUUGCUUCCCCAGCAGAGUCCAGAUGAAGAGAAGCAGCGUCUGAGAGCUACGGAAGCCCAGAAAAGCCACUUUCUCUGCUUUUUUUUUUUGUUUGUUUGUUUGUUUUUGUUUUUUUUGGACACUACAAUAACUCUGAACUGCUUUUCCUGCUUUUUUUUAUAUCAUGUUCUUUAUUUUUGUUGUUUAUAAUUUUUGCUUCAUCACGUUGAAGGAAUUAUGAAACAAAACAGUCACAGUGCAGCUGUGACGGAUAAAAACUCGUCUCCUCCUCGAGCUCGUUAAUGUUUAAAUACAGAAAAAGUCAUUUUUACUAAAAUAACAAUAACAAUAAUAAUAAUAAUGACAUCAUCAUCCUCCAACAUGAAUCCAUCAUGAAAACUUUGGUUUCAUUCAGUAAUUAUGACGUCAUUCGUUUCGUAGUUUUCGGGUCCAGCAGGGCUGACUGUGACUAAUUACAGAUGAUCGUUUUCAUUAUCAGUUAUUGAUUAUUAUUAUUUGAAGUUCUCGUCCCGGUUUUCUGACUUCAAAGGUUCAAAUGUUUUAUUUCGUCCAACAGUUUAAUAAAAGUUGAGUUUAAUGUGAAAAACGACAGAAAACUGAGAAUCUGAGAUUCACUAAUCAACGACUCAGCUAAUUAACUGAUCAAUGAAUCGACUCUUUCUGUCGUUAAUAAUCAUCAGCUGUUUCUCCGUCUGGUCUCGACGUCCUUUAAAGUGUUUCUUCUUCUUCGUGUUUUUAUCGCUGUGACUUCUGAGUCUUAAACUGUUUUUACAUCCGUUUCUCUUCGACCUGCAGCGACUGAAACCGACAGCGAUCGUCUUCAGUUUCUGAGUUUCUGAGGUGAGAACGAGCAGAACCGGGAAUGUUUUUGAAAUCUGUGUUUUAAGAACGUUUCAGUCAUUUAAAUGUUGACUCGCCGUCACUUCCUGUUUUGUUUUUCUGGGUUUAAUUUUCUAACAGCUGAACUCGUUUAUUCUGAAGUCUUGAUUGUCGGAGCGUCUUUGAAAGCAACAUGACGGAGAUGUUUAACGGCGUUUUAAAGAGGCGGAGCAGAUAUUUAUCUUCUCAUGUUGCCACUGAAUCUCAUUCAAGUCUUGUUUUUAUUUACACAAUAAACGCAACUUUUUACACCUGAAGUCAAGAGAAACAAACACGACACAUAAAAGAAAUAAUGAAUAAAACCAAAAAACUAAUUCAUGUAUCUGAGUUCAUUUUUAAAUAAAAGAUACAUUUACAUUCAUGGCCUUUAAAAUAAGAUCAUAGAAAAUCUUUUAUCCUUUUUCUAAAAAUCAAAAUCAUAAAAAAAAACCCUGAAAACAGACGCCUGAAGGGGAGCCGGCGAGCAGAAGAGUCAUGUGACUGUUAACCUGGUUAUUGUGUAUGUGAGACUAAAGCUGAUUAAACAGGAGAAACAUUUAAACCCACCGUUUAUAUUUUCUCUGGUCUGGUUGAGCCCUGGUGGUCCCGCAGUGGAACAGCAGUUAUUGAUUAUUGAUAUUGUCAGCUGACAUGUUUGUGACCCACCUGUAUCCUCCCAGCAGCCCGCUGCGUCCUCCUCCCUCCCAUCACACAUCCUGCGUCAUUUGAGUUGAGUAUGAUAGUUAUUUUUUAUAAGCUCAGCGAAGCCAACCUUUUUCUAUGUACAUAUAAAGUUGUAUUUUUUUAACUGUACCUGACUGCUUCACCGUGAUGAUGAUGAUGAUGAUGAUGAUGAUGAUGAUGGCUGCCUGCAUUGGUAAUCUGAAAUAUAAACACUUGUUUCUUUGAAUAAGAA